UCUGAUACACAUUCAAAUGAAGAGUUUAGGGAAAAUAAACAAUUUCAGGAAAAAGUUAGAAAAUUUAGCUGCCUUUGCUAUUGAAAUUCCUAAUGAGGAGUCUCAUGAUCCGGCAAAAAAGGCAAAUGGGUCUCUGGUUUCAGAAGUCGAACCCAUUGAAGAAGACAUGGCAUCUGAACUGAUGGAGGAAGACGAGAUGGAAGGACGAAGGAAAUUGAAGGGUGAAGUUGCAAUGCAUUACCAAUUUCUUAGCAAAUCUGUAUCAGGAAGAGGCAGAGGAAAACGAAGGUCAGUUCACCAGAAGAUUCCAUUUAAUCUCAAACAUAUCUUGAAUUCAAGGCCUUUCAAGAGGAAGGCUCGCAAGUUAAAUACAACCUAAGUAGGUAAGGUUUCCUUCCUUUAAAAUUGAUCUCGGUUGGUUUACAACUGUAUAAUAGUUGAGGCUGUAGUGCUGUACCCUUUCUUCUGUAGUUGUUUUCCCUUCUUCCUUUAUCAUAGAAGACCUUUGUCUUCAAGUGCCAUUUUCCCCUUCAUUUAAAUUCUUGGUCCUUGCAUCUGAGACUACAAUUUAUUAAGAAUAUGAAAAUUGGAAAAUUUUUCA